AUGUCGAAUAAGAUUCCUCAGUCGAGCGUGGAGUAUCAGUCCCGCAAUUACUGCCAAUGCGAUUUUUGCUGCAGCCGACGCGCUUUGAAUGCUAAGAAGCUUGGCGUCAGUCAACUCGCUUCCUGUCACACACGCGGCCAGUUCCAGAACGGUUGCCAUUGUUCCCGCCACGAUGCUGGUACCCGAACUACCCUCGACAAAAGAAAUGGCAACAUAACCUUCAAUCCAGACUACCCAGCUCCAGUUAACCAGACCGCCUUAAACGCGGCUCUCGGGCGUAAUGGUGUGCCUUCAGGGAACGAGUAUACCAUUUCACAGGGCUCUCUGAAGGGACUCCCAAAGUCUUAUACCUCAGGCGAUGAACCUUCAAAUCAAAAGAGAUCUGAGGAGGAUGUCAUGAAAGAGUUGGAUCACCUGGAACGGCUUCUGAUCCUCGAGCAUAAGGAACGCGUCGCAGCAAGUUUGGAAGCUGACCGUCUUAACACGCUGCGCAGCACCAAAAAGGAGCCUCGCCCGCUUCCGCUUCCUCCAGGUUAUACAGCAUCAUCGGAGAUGAUGCCGAAUGUUUCGUCUGACAGUGUUGCACUUCGAACGGGACACGGCGGAACAUUCAACAACAAUAGCGGCUUUUCUUCAAGUGGGGAUGUUACUAAGAAAGUGACUAUCCAAGAGGCCUUCCAGCUUGCACACCACUGUCCUGUGGCGACGGUUGCACAGUGCGACGCAUCGCAUCGCCUACAGGAUGCCCUUAACGGUGUGCGCAUGGUUGCGAUGGAUCCUACUAAUCCUAACAAUCGGGAAGCACUUCGAGAAAUUUUGCAGGCCAACCAUAUACAACCACCGGACAGCACUUCUAUGACUAGCAUACCAGGAGCCGACCGUGGCAUAAAAGGGGACAUGAAGCCGAAUGCCGCCGUAGAUAGCCUGGGGACAGAAUUCAAGGACACCUUAGCGUCUAUUCGCACUAGCCAGCACCACCCACAAGGGGCCGGCGUGAUUUGGGCUUCGGCAAGUGGAAAGGCUCUGAAGCCCUUGCCCAAGGCCGCAGACAACACAAUUGUGGCACCCUUGUUACAUCAAGAGACCACUUCUUCUUCCACAUACCCGGCAGGCAGUCUGAAGAAGAAGGUAGCUUAUGUAGCUUAG